AUGGCAGUUGUCGGUAGAGGUUCAGACAUCUUGGCGCUGCGAAAUAGUUUCGUCGCCGGUUGGCCAAGCCACGGGCGAUUGAAUUUCGAUCCGAUCUGUGUGCCCUUUUCCAACGUACGACUGUUGCACGUGACAAGCCGUCAGCGGAUACAGCCCAUCUUUUACCUGCUGCUCAUGUCCACACGUCAUCAGCCGUCGUCCGUAGCUCAUGGCAACAUGUUUUCACGUGCUGCUCGUCAUCGUUCUGACCGCAGAGGAAACGACAGCCUUCUUCUUUCUGACAUCCGCUACCUGCGUUUGAUGAGCAGCCUGCCAACAGCGAUGCAGGCUAAUGCACUUUGCUGA